UCCACUUGGGUACUAACUAAUCAUCGUUUGGACCUGAACAGUAUUAGUUUACCGCCGGCAACGGGAAGAGCAAGACGGGAAGCUCGCCAUGCUAGCUGGGAUCAUCGAUCAGCCCGCAUACGGCUACGGUCACGUGAUAACAAGGGGGCCUAUGAGCAGGCGCCCUGGGUCAGCCCAUCACAAUAUCCUCGCCCGCUUUGGGGCUGGCGUGGAUGUCGGAAACAGUCGGUAAUGCAUCCAUGGCGGGAUGUCAGAGCGACUGGCCUAGGGUGAUGGUUCAGUGGCUUGGCCCUAAAGGAAGAAGGGGGUAGAGAACCUGGUUCACCUCCUGGGACAGUCCGUGCCCGCUCGGGUAGAAAGUGUGUGCGGGCAAGUGUGAGCGAUCUUCCUCACAUUAUGACGUGGCGAAACGAGGAGACAAACAACUCCAGAUGGACGUGCCAGGCUGCCCUGCCCUCCCUUCCAGCCGGAGCUCGAUUUAAGGGGAGAGAUCUAGGCUUCAGCGCCACGAAGUCGUACCAGAAUCUCCCCUUCUGUGCUCUACAUUCUCAGUUCUGGAUCACUUCGGUUCGGGUCGGUUCGAAUCGCGCAUCUGACCCCCUGCACAUGGGAACAUCUUGUGAUAAUGAGUCCGACAAUCCAAGUGUGACAAUCUGUACGAGGACUCUGGGUGGUACACUUACACUCCCCGUCCAGGCGUCUCGUCGCGUGACGAUGGGAUGGGAGGUUAGGCUCGGGAAGAAGAGUUUAGUGACCGAUGCCUGAUCUGGUAGGGAUGGCUUGUAACCACUCAACUCGCUAACGCGCCUUUCUCUACCCUCUUGGGCCCUAAGCCGUCAGGGUGGCAAAACCGAAGCAGAUGCACACAGGCCACACAACCCUCGAGAUCCCCGCUCGCAGAAAUAAACGAUCAGGUUCCCUCACAUACCACUUCAGUUUCCAGUGCUCACAGCCACGGGCGAUGCGGGCAAUUUUCACUUCAUACUAUCCUAUCUUAAAUAUAGUGCCCCAACGCGUUGCUUGCUGGACGAAAAGAAAAAGCGACGGAGAAUAUACUGAACAUAUAAUACUAACCGAUAGUCAGCUGGUGCUGGAAUUGCUCAAUCCUUCAUCCAUAGUUCUGCUUGCCGGAUCGGCUGGAGAGAUACUUGGGUAGAGCCCUCCGGGAGGUGGGCUCUCGUAACCAGCAACCAAGGAUGUACCGCAAAGCACCCGACGACACAUCACAUUGCUGAUUUUUGCUCCUAGUAACUUA